GUAAGAAUUUCCUUUCCUUCUCAACUUUGCUUCUUUCUACUCACUACCACCCACUGGCAGAGCAGAAAUACCUCCGGAGGAUUCAGGAAGCUGUGGCGGUGAAGAAAGCCUGUGAGGGAUCGGCAUGGGAAUCCUGUACUCUGAGCCCAUCUGCCAGGCAGCCUAUCAGAAUGACUUUGGUCAGGUGUGGCGGUGGGUGAGGGAGGACAGCAGCCACAUCAACGUCAGAGACGGCUUUAAUGGAGACACCCCCCUGAUCUGUGCCUGCCGGCGGGGCCACCUCAGAAUCGUUUCCUUCCUUUUGAAAAGAAAUGCUGAUGUGAACCUGAAAAACCAGAAAGAGAGAACCUGCUUGCAUUAUGCUGUGAAGAAAAAAUUUACCUUCUUUGAUUAUCUCCUCAUUGUCCUCUUAAUGCCGGUUCUGCUUAUUGGUUAUUUCCUCAUGGUGUCAAAGACAAAGCAGAAUGAAACCCUUGUUCGAAUGCUACUUGAUGCUGGUGUGGACGUUAAUGCUGCAGACCGUUAUGGCUGCACUGCCUUACAUUACGCCUGUGAGAUGAAAAACCAGAAUCUCAUCCCUCUGCUCCUUAAAGCCCACGCUGACCCCACGCUGAGAAACAAGGAUGGCGAGAGUUCCCUGGAUAUUGCACGAAGAUUAAAAUUUUCCCAGAUUGAAUUAAUGCUAACAAAAGCCUCAUAAUGCUUGUGGCCUCAGAUGGAGAAGUAGAAAAAGUUAAAGGACUAGAUUCCAUCUGCGUCUUGGACUACUGGUCUGUGGGCCACUCAGCCUGGGUGCUGCCAUUUUAUGGGACCAGCGGUGGUUGCCAAGGAUAAUGUUUUUGAAGAGAUUUGCAGUCAUGUCCUCACUCAGUGGAGUUCACCAUGGCCCUAACUCUAGAGGACACACUAAAGCUGUUGAAAUUUCUACUCCAGUGAAAAAGGCGAUGCUUCAAAUUCAGUCUGUCCUGAAGAAGAGGAUCAGUUAUCUCAGACAGUGAUCUGUUCUCUUUGCUGUGUGCUUUUGGAAGAGGCUGUCCUGUCUGUGCCACACCCAGGAGGCACUCUUCCUCCAGGCCCCUGUAAGUGGUAAGAUGAAGAAUAUGUACAUUUGUAUAGAAUGGUGUGUCUAUGUGCGGGGGUUUGUGAUUCACCUGUAAAUGUUCCUUUGGCAAAACAAUGGCAACCACAUUUAUCAGUUGUCAGUGGUGGCAGUUUUACACCCCAGAAAUUGGCAAAUGCUAAAACCAAGGCUUUUCUUUUUUUCCUGGAGAAUCACUUUACCAGCACAUUGCUAAACAAUUUGCUGUCAGUUUAUUAAACAAAAAGCCAUCUUGAUUUUGAGUAAGAUUAUGUGACUAUCAAGAUGUUUGUUUAAAAAUAUCUCUUGUGAAUGCAAGGCAGCUAUUGAACUUGUGAAUUCUGUUUACUUUAUUGAUAAAAGUUUAAAUAUUACUGUAGUUUUGGGGAGGGGUGGGGGGAAAAGCAGAAAACUGUACUUGAACAACAAUAAAAACAUAAUAAAAAAGAAAACCUAAAAAAAUAAGUAAAUAUUACUGUAGUUUAUUUAAAUAAAGUAUUCUAUAUAAGAAAUACAGUUAUAUGAUGAGAUAGUAUCUGAGUUAUACUUCUAGAUGAAAGAGAGAAUAUAAAAUAUUUGCUCAACUCCUUCAUCAAUGAAAUAGUGAAAAAGUGUAUCUUUAAAAUUAUUACAUUUGCUGUGGCUGGUGUAGCUCAGUGAAUUGAGCUCCAGACUGUGAACCAGAGGGUCACUGGUUCGAUUCCUAGCCAGGGCACAUGCCUGGGUUGCUGGCCAUGUCCCCAGUAGGGGGCCAAUGAGAGGCAACCAUGCAUUGAUGCACUUUCCCUCUCUUUCUCCCUUCCCUUCUCUCUAAAAACAAAUAAAAUAUUUUUUAAA